CCGCCGAGCAGCCCCCCGCGCCGCGCUGGCGUCGUCCUCGUCACCCUCGCCGCCCCCCGCGCGCGGCCGGGCCUUGCCCCCCAUGGUCUCCCGGCCGGAGCCGGAGAGUGAGGCCAUGGACGCGGAGCUGGUGGUGACGCCGCCGGGCUGUUCGCACCUGAGCAGCUUCAAGGUGGACAACUGGAAGCAGAACCUGCGGGCCAUUUACCAGUGCUUCGUGUGGAGCGGCACGGCGGAGGCCCGCAAGCGCAAGGCCAAGUCAUGUGUCUGUCACGUCUGCGGCGUCCACCUCAACAGGCUCCACUCUUGCCUGCACUGUGUCUUCUUUGGCUGUUUUACAAAGAAACAUAUUCACGAGCAUGCAAAGUCCAAGCGGCACAACCUGGCCAUAGAUCUCAUGUACGGAGGGAUCUACUGCUUUUUGUGUCAGGACUACAUAUACGACAAAGACAUGGAAAUCAUUGCCAAAGAGGAACAGCGGAAAGCUUGGAAACUGCAAGGCGUUGGGGAGAAGUUUUCAACUUGGGAGCCAACCAAACGGGAGCUUGAACUGCUGAAACACAACCCGAAAAGGCGAAAGAUCACCUCUAACUGCACCAUAGGUCUGCGGGGGCUGAUCAACCUUGGAAACACGUGCUUCAUGAACUGCAUCGUCCAGGCUCUGACCCACACGCCGCUUCUGCGGGACUUCUUCCUCUCCGACAGGCACAGGUGUGAAAUGCAGAGCCCCAGCUCGUGUCUGGUCUGCGAGAUGUCCUCACUUUUUCAGGAGUUUUACUCCGGGCACCGGUCCCCCCACAUCCCGUACAAGCUGCUGCACCUGGUGUGGACUCACGCCCGGCACCUGGCAGGGUACGAGCAGCAGGACGCGCACGAAUUCCUCAUCGCGGCGCUGGACGUCCUGCACCGGCACUGCAAAGGUGAUGACAACGGGAAGAAGGCCAACAACCCCAACCACUGCAACUGCAUCAUAGACCAGAUCUUCACGGGUGGGCUGCAGUCCGACGUCACCUGCCAAGUCUGCCAUGGCGUCUCCACCACAAUAGACCCCUUCUGGGACAUCAGCUUGGACCUGCCUGGCUCUUCCACCCCGUUCUGGCCCCUGAGCCCCGGCAGCGAGGGCAGCGUGGUGAAUGGGGAAAGCCACGUGGCGGGCACCACCACGCUCACGGACUGCUUGCGGAGAUUUACCAGACCAGAGCACUUAGGAAGCAGUGCCAAGAUCAAAUGCAGUGGUUGCCAUAGCUACCAGGAGUCCACUAAACAGCUCACCAUGAAGAAACUGCCCAUCGUAGCCUGUUUUCAUCUCAAACGAUUUGAACACUCGGCCAAACUGAGGAGGAAGAUCACCACGUAUGUGUCCUUUCCCCUGGAGCUGGACAUGACGCCCUUCAUGGCGUCCAGCAAAGAGAGCAGGAUGAAUGGCCAGUACCAGCAGCCAACGGAUAGUCUCAAUAAUGACAAUAAGUACUCUCUGUUUGCGGUCGUCAACCACCAAGGGACCUUGGAGAGCGGCCACUACACCAGCUUCAUCCGGCAGCACAAGGACCAGUGGUUCAAAUGUGAUGACGCCAUCAUCACCAAGGCCAGCAUCGAGGACGUGCUGGACAGCGAGGGGUACCUGCUGUUCUACCACAAACAGUUCCUGGAAUAUGAGUAGCCUUGUCUGUGGCUGGACAGGAGAAGCGAAGGCGAGAGCUGGCAGAGCCUCACAGAACGAUCCCCGUCCUCCCCGACUUCACGACGCCACCUCCCCACGGAAGGCCCCCCAAGAGCACCGGCUUCCCCCGCGGCCUGGGCCCGUUGCUGGCCCGGGUCGGUGCCCCAGGGUCACGGUGUUGGGACGAGCGCGCGCUGUGCUCGGAGGAGGCCCUGGGGCCAGCGCCCCAGAAGGACUUCAGGCCAGGUGCUCCGCAUGGGCGGGGGCAGAGUGGACGCGUCGCUCGCGUGUCUCCUGUGCUCCUUGAGAAAAUGUGCGGGGCCAGGGUGGGGGGGUCCAUUAAACAGGAACACAGAGGAGCCAAAGACACUGCGUGAGGACAGAGGACUUCGCGAGUACCUUUCUCUUCGUGAGCUUAGUAUUAAAUAUAUAUAGUGGGGGACCCUUAGCCGCCGCCUUGUCACAGAUACAAAGACCCCCCGAGCCUGUGGAACCGAAGACACUAACCGGGGUUUCCAGGCACGUCUGUUCCGCACAUAACUUAGCAUCAAACUGCAUGUGGAAGCGUCAGCCCAGGUGUUCUCUCUCGGUUGUUGCCUUUUUUUUUUUUUUUUAGAAAUAGGCAUUUUCUUAUCCCCCUCCCCCUUUCUCUCUUUUUCCACAGUGGUGACUUUCAUAAACGUAAUGGUAGUGACGUGAAUGAAUUACUGAAUUACUGAAUUUAUACUGAAGUUGAGGUUGUUUUCCUUUAUUCUCUCGAGAAUGAACCUUGCUUCUGAGUUGGUGCCGAUUUUGUUGCUUCCCCUCCGCCCUUCCCUCUGGAAGCGUCCGUGUCCUGGUCUUAACCAGUGCACGCAGCAGAGGAGCACCAGGCUGCAGCUAGGAAGUGUCUCUGUCACAUUAAUCGUUUGAGUAAACGAAGUGUUUUCAGUGGCUUCAUCAUUUCCCUUCCUCAUACUUUCUGUCCCGUUGCUGCUUGGCAGCUCCCGUGUGGGGCGGAAGCGGGGGCGACCCCGGUGGGGCCUGUGUCCUUGCCCGGUGCCUCUACUUUACAUCCGCUGUAGUUUGAGUUGUAGCAGGAAAACGGCUUCGAGAUGGAGCUGGUAGGGAGAGGGAGAAGCCGUGUGGGGAGAUGGAAACACUUUGCCUUGUUCUUUGUAAGACACCUUGCAUGCAUCUGUCUGUCCAAAGCCAAAUUUAGAUUGUCCGUUUCUGAGAACUUACCAACCCGGAGAUGUGGGGGAGGAAACGCCGCUUUCGUAUAGUUUGUGAAACAAGGAGUCCUGGUCCCGGGAGCCUGCUCUGCAUCGAACUAUGGAAUGUUCUUUCCUGGAGAGGAGGAGAAGCCUGUUUCAGACUCAGCACACUUGUUUUGUAAAGAGCCAGGGAGCUAAUACUUCAGGCUUUGUGGGCCGAGAGGUCUCUGCCACAGAUAAUCCAUAAAAAGGGAAGUGUGGCUACGUUGCGAUGAAAAUUUGAUGGUUGUCACAUAGCACGCAGUUUUCUUCCUGCUGCAUACAAACGUACAGACUCUUCUCGGCUGGUAGGACACGCAGAAACCGUCCCGUGGGCCACGUCUCUUCUCAUUAGCUGGUCUGUUUAGGAGGUGGUAACAGCCGCGAGCGUUGAGUAGUCACUGCUCAGUGCGGAAGAUGCUGGAACACAUGAAGCAGCAGCAUGUGCUGCAGCCGCAUGAUGUCCGGCGGGUCCUGAGUGACGCCGUGUUCAAAGCACCUGCUCAGCCCGUUCUCACUUGAGGAGUAAGUGUUCUAGGAGAGCAGGCGCCAUCAGAGAUACAGAUGGUGCGGAUUCCCAGAAAGGGCCCCCGUGCCGAGUUGUGGGGGAGGGGCCGUGUUGGGAGGAUUUCUCUCGGGGAGCCGCUGCCUGUUAAGGAAGACGAGCUGACGGAGCCGGCAGCAGACUUCUGGGCCACGUGCUUUUUGCGGCCUCCUGGCUUGGCUUUCCUGCAUCGCCCUGGGUUCCCUGGCAGGUCCCCUGUGGUCUGGCCAGCCCGCUUGCCACAACUGUCUCUGCUCAAGUUCAGGAGCUUGGCUGCUCCAAGAACAGGAGGAUGGGGACCACAGUGAGGCCACAUUUACCUUUGUAGACAGUAAAUGUUUGUAUGCAGAUGAAUUCUCUCUCCUCCCUUUGGCCCUGGUGAGCUCUGCCUGUGCUGCCCGCAGGACAUCCUGCCGCCAGAGUUUUCGUGUGAGUUUACCUUGUUAGGAACAAAAUACGCCAUGACGGCCCUGGGAAUUUUUCUGUUAGCUCCCAGUCCAGCUGUGAAAUUCCAGAAAAUGGCUUUCUUAUCUCCUGGCAACCACCCCUGUAUAUGUGUUCAGGUCAUUACCAAGUGCGUCUGACACUAAGGGAUCAUUGGGAGACCUUCCUCCCACCCCCCCCUCGCCCCGCACACCCACCAGUGUUUAAAACACUGUAUUUCUGAGCUGUUGAUCAUCAUUUCUGUGCUUCACGGUGAGACCGGCUCUCUGUCUUCAGAGCCUGCUGUGCGUUCUGAGCAGUGUCCGGGCCGGGAGGGCAGGCGGGCAGCCCAAGCGGCUGGGCCUCCUCUCUGGCCCUGAGGACCGUCCGAGGCCUCCUUCCUGCGGCAGCGCCCCCGCCCCCGCGACCCGUCACCCUGUGCUGUUGUAGUUUGGCUUGGUGUGUGUGCUCUUCCUGGGUAAAAUUGCUGUUCUUUUGACAAUUCAAGUGACUGUUUCAUUUACUAUAACCUUGAAAACGAAAAUUGUAAGAAAAAGCUUUCAAUGACCGUGCUGUGGAUUUUAUUACCAAGAUGUUUACACCUCCCUCUUACCUGUCAUUUUAAGGAACUGUCGACUCUUCUACCUUAAUGGCUUGUAGUCUUUCCUAUGUCAUAAUAAAGCUACAUUUUCUUCCGAAAA